AUGUCAUGGUGCGUUUUGGACCUUGCAACUCCAUGCAACUUCAAUGCAGAUGAUCGCGCAACAUCAAAGGGCCCGCUGAGCGACGCCAUUCCCAGCUAUAAUCCCCCAAUCGCAUACCAUAACUUAGCCAUGGAUCUGGCCUACGAUCAUAUCCAGGAGGAGGCGCUCGCCCCUGAAAAGUCGACGGGGCAGCAGGACAAGCAGCCUGAGACCACAAACACCCUGAAUUCCGACUUCCAGGAGGCAUAUAAAGCCAUCUCAUCUAGUCCCUGGGGCGCACGAUUGGGGGGCUUCUUUGGCAGUGUUGUCAAGCAGGGCGAGUCUGUUUACAAGGAAGCACAAACCGAACUCUCUGCCGUGGGUGAAGAAGCGUCCAAAGGCCUCACUGAUCUCAGAUCGUCCAUUAUAAGUCGCACCAGAUCGCUCUCCCUGGCCCAGACCCCUGCAACCGGCGACCAGGCCCAAGCGACAAAGGAAAAGGACGGCGAGAAGGAUGUCUCCACGGACGAAGCGUUGAAGGAAUCGGAGGGUGUCCUUGCUAGACUUCGUACAGAGGCGGCCAAACGACUCAAGGAUAUACAGGAGGCCGAAGACGCGGCAGAUGAGGCGCUCUUGAAAUUUGGAACGAACAUAAGGAAUUUCUUGAAGGAUGCUGUGAGCAUCGCACCACCGACUGAGGAGCCGGGCAAGCAAGGCAGUACAGUACUAUUCGAGAGCAAGGAUGCUUCCGGAAAGCGGGUGAUCCACACCACACGAUUCGACGCUCAACUCCAUGUCAUACAUUCAUCGUUAGACAGCUUCACCAAGGAUCCCGUCAGCGAGGAAUACGAACCAUGGAAAAAGGCUUUUGACGUGGAGAAAAAGACCGAAGACAUCAGCAAGGACCUAGAGAACUUCAACGAGUUGAGAGCAUCGAUGGAGAAGCUUGUCCCCGAUACUGUUAAAUAUGAGGAUUUCUGGAUCCGAUACUACUUCCUCAGACAUAGCAUUGAGACGGCUGAAGCAAGGAGACGAGAUUUGCUCAAAGGGGCAGCAGCUGAAGCAGAGGAAGAAGUUGGCUGGGAUGAGGAUUCAGAUGAUGAGGCCACCCCCAAAACUCCCAAAGUGAAGGGAGAACCAGCCAGAACAGCUUCCGCAGCAUCAUCAACAACACUUCACCCAGCAACCCAAACCCAAGCCCCUAGCGAAGGACUUCUCAAGCCGAAGGAGCCUCGGAAAUCCAAUGAUGAGAAAUCUCUGGGUGAUAGCGAUGGGAGUUAUGAUGUUGUUGGUGCCAGAUCUGGUGUCCCAAGUCAAGCUCCUAGUAGUCCGAAGGAAUCUCGGAAGGGCGAUGAUAGCGAGGAUGAGGAUUGGGAGUAG